GCUAGAUCCAUUGUUGGAAUACAGUAGGAGGAUACAUAUCUUCAAAAACAUUCGGAUUACAAGCGAAGCUAUUGAUUAGCUCGUACCACUUGCGAGUUAAACUAAUAUUCACACCACAGCACCUGGAGAGAAUGACCACAGUUAAGAUGGACAAAUUAACCAUAUUUGUUGCGGCUCUAAGUAUCGUUAUUUGGGGGCCGGAGAGCGUCACCGUGGAAGGAAAAACACGGGAACCGAUUUAUUGGAACUCAGCGAACCCACUAUGGGAUUCUGAGACGAGAUUGAUCAACGUAGCAAUCAACGAUCGUUUGGACAUCAUUUGCCCUCGAAGGGGAAGAGAUGAGGGCGAGGAGUUGUUCUACUACAAGUUGUACCUUGUGUCCAAGGAAGAUUUUAAAAGGUGUAAUGCAUCAAACAAUGAUAGACGUCGUCUUAUCACAUGCAAUGUACCUGACCGGGAAAAGAAAUAUACGUUUUACUUCCAAGAGAUAUCACCCUCACCGUGGGGAAUUGAGUUUCAACCAGAUGAGACUUACUACGUUAUAUCGACAUCUGACGGAACUAAAUCCGGCAUCGAAAGUCUUCAAGGCGGAGUCUGCACGAGAAUGAACAUGAAAUUAGAGCUCAGAGUUCACCCAGAAGAUACCCCAAUCGUUGACAACCGAGUAAUGGUGGACACCACUGAACACAAUCUCCCCAAGCCCCAUCUCCCGCCCAAAGUUACAGAUCGCAAGCCUAUUAUUGACCCUAACCCCCCAACCCACUAUAACCCGGUAGUGGUACCACCAGGCACACCCAAGAAUACGCCUCCGCAAAGCAUUAAUCCAGUUGAUCCGCCUGUCGAUCCCGUAGCACCAACACAAUCAGAAAACAGCACCUCUGUAGGAAGCAAUGGUCUUGUAAUUGGAGUCGUUCUUGGCGCAUGCGCAGUUCUCUUCAUUGUACUGUUGGGUUUUUUGGGCUACAAAGUGUAUCGGCGGCGUCGGCACAUGAAGAAGUACCAGUCGCCGCCAAUGACACCAACCCGUGGCGCCACGCCGCUCCAUCAAGUCACACUUCUGCCAAUCUCAACGCCACACGGACAUCAUGCUCGUAUUCAGUCGGAACACGAGCGCCACCGCACGGGCACGAUGUCGUCCCACAGCGAGCGACCACCACCCUCGUAUAACGAGUCGUUCCUGGACAACGGAGGUCCCGUAGUUGCGGUGUGAUCUAAGAGUAAAGGGAUGUCUCACCCGCUCUGAACUUAAUUCGCUGCUGAUCCGACCAAGGGGGUUGUGAAGCGACCGCGACGCUACAGCGCGUUAGCGACAUAGAUGAGAGGGCGCAAAAGUCGCGCAAAAAUGCACCUUGCACUUUCAUGACGUCACGUUUCUACGUCAUAACGAUGACGUCAUUCGAGUCCAGCUUGCUGCCCAAUGCACGGAACUUACGUGCCCGACCUAAUUGUAUUGCGGAGCAUAAGCCAUGACGUAUUGUUUGGGGUCUGAAAUUUUUAGCUUUUAAUGGGUUUCAAUUUUAACUUAGCUAUUUGUUUCUGAAAAACAAUUAUUUUAGAUUGGUGUAAUGAACGUCAGUUUCACCUUCUAACGAGAUUUAAUAUAAAAUGGUUUUAUUUAAUUUCUUUUUCUUUUACUUUUGUCAACCAACAUAACAAUCGUUCUUUUAAAUAUUUCUUUUGCUUUUCGCUCGUGCAGUUGCUUUUUCUUUUAGUACGGGUUAGACCACAGCUGCAAAAGUUACAAUGCAGUUAUAUUGAUAAGUGUGGGACUUGUUUAAUUGGUGCAAUAUACAUUGGUUGUAGAUUAGGUUUUCACUUAAAGAUUUAUCCAAAGAUUUUCCACAAUUUCGGUGUAUAUGGUAUGGAACAGCCAUUUUAAAACUAUAUGUUGAAUUUUAUGCUUUUUUUACUUAACCCUUUUAUUGCUGUCUUGUUUAUUGCCAACGUUUCGCUUUUACGCGCUUUUAAAUUCAUUAAUUUUGUUGAAUACAAUUUAG